CGACACUCACCUUUAACUCGUCUAAUCGUCGAAGAAAUACACAUCGAUUUGAAACACGCAGGAGUUGAUUGGACAUUAACAGAAUUUCUUACUCGUUAUUGGAUGCCACAGGCCCGUCGAACGAUCAGAAAAUUCUUACAUAAAUGUUUUCAAUGCCACAAAAUGCAAGCCCCCCCUUUCGCUCGUCCAAUAAUGCCGCCAUUACCUCCAACGCGCGUCAGACCUGCUAAACCCUUUGAAUUCGUCGGUCUCGACUUUUUAGGCCCUACUACUACAAAACAAGAUGGAAUCAAUGUCAAAGCAUGGAUUUUAAUUAUCUGUUGCAUGGUCACUAGAGGAAUUUACUUGGAGCCAACAAGAGAUAUGUCGUCGAUAUCAGUAAUUAACGUCCUGCGCAGAUUUAUCAGCAGACGUGGAAAACCGAGAAGAAUCUUGAGUGAUAACGCGCCUACAUUCGUCCAAAUUCACAAAGCACUAGAUUUACUGACCGGUCCGCCCUCUGAAACGUCACCUUGGGACUAUACGACAAAAAACGGCAUUCGGUGGGAAUUUAUACCUGCAUACGCCCCAUGGAUGGGAGCCACCUAUGAGCGACUAAUUGGACUAGUAAAGAAAGCUAUACAGCGGACAAUCGGACGUCGAAUUCUGGAUUACGACGAUCUUUGUGCAUUCUUGUCGGAAGUUGAAGCUAGUGUAAAUAGUCGACCAAUAACAUGGGUUUCCGAUCUGCCUGGAGCACCGCUACCGCUCACGCCGAAGGAUUUAAUUCAAAACAGUGGUCCCAAUGACUUAGGAGUAAUAACUUGCGAAUUAGAUUGCGACGAUGAAAAACUUUCGGGCCCAGAACAAUUGGCAGCAAUUUGGAAGGCUUAUCGUGAGGCAGCCGACGUAUUUUGGGACAGAUGGAGUCAGGAGUAUAUCCUUGCAAUCAGAGAACGCGCAGGAUGGAAUCACAAAGCCCCCAAAUCUCAAUCAAAAUUUCUUCCGUCAAUUGGCCAAAUUGUGCUCGUCGAAAUGGAUUUAAGACCACGUAAUCUAUGGCCACUAGCUAAAAUUGUGAAGUUAAAUGGUUCGACAAAUGAAAUACGCAGUGUCGAUCUUUUGAUCGGAGAUGGGAAAAUUAUAACUCGUCCAAUCAGCAGAUUGUGUCCUCUAGAAACAGAAAUUGAGGAGUCGAUAAAAGAAAUUCCUAAAGAAACUAGCGAAAUAAAACAAAAAGUAGAAAGUUUAAAAAACACGACGAUUAGUGACAAAACAGCUCGUACACAUAAAAUGAUCUUGAGAAAUCAGAAACACCCAAUUAAAAUUAAAUCGACUACUACUCUGAUGUCACUCAUGGUUUUAGCUUUAAUUAGCCUUCCUGUAUUAAGUACAGACACACUUUGGUAUCGCUGUGGACAAUUUGAUUAUUCAUGUCUUAUCGGCCUUUCGUCAAUUAUUACCGCACUUUCCGUCUAUAGAUUCGAGUGUGAAAGUUGUGAAUUGCAAUGUUCAAAUAGAGGUGUUGUCGUCAAAUCGCCUAUAGAAAUCCAAAAAACGGCAGUGUGCUGCAUGAACAACUGUAUAGACCAUUCCAAUUUAAAAGAAUACACAUACGAAGUUGCCCAUGAAAUCCUGGUCAACGACUAUACCUGUGAGGCAUGGUUCUGGGCCAACUCUCAAAACAGCAUCAGUAGGAAAAUAGAGUGUCCGGCAGUCAAUGAAUGCGAUCUGUUUAAUUGUUACUUUUGUCUCGAGCAGCUAGUCAAUCCAACUUGUAAUCCUAGAUGGGCAGCCUUCUUACUACUCUUGUCAAUCUUCAUCUUGAGUAGCCUGGUUGGAAUACUUUUAACAACCAUCCGUUCUUUGCAUACUAUCGUCUACGCCUUAACCUUGAUUUUGAAAAUGCCAUUUCAAUUAACACGUUGGAUACUCGGCAAGAAAUGGGCAAAUAUUGAAGUAAAACGACGACUACAUCGCACUGAAUUAAAUAUUAGAGAAAGAAUGAGAAAUAUAAACCGCCAAAGAAGACAAUUUCGAUAUCGCCUAGCAAAUGUUAUGUUAGGAGCGAUGACAGGCAUAUUAAUAGUAAUCCCAACAUCAUCAGUCAUAUCUAUAACUACUCAAACAGAGAGUUGUUUAAGAGGAACCAAAGGUCUUACAUGUACCAUCAACAGCGCAACCACACUCACUUUACUACCAGCCGGCCAAACUAAUACAUUACUUUUGCGGGAUGAGCAUGGACUUACUCUGGGUACUAUAACAAUGCGUCUAUUGUCUUUAAAAAUGGUAUGCCACCAGGAAUCAAUCGCGUGGUUACGUUCAUACCGCGUUGAACCGACUGCUGUCAAAAGGUGUCCUCGAGCCGGCUCCUGCUUCAACGACCAUUGUGAAAAUAAUUACCUGGUAACACAUUCUGUAUCCCGUCGACAAGUUUCUGGGGCAACAGUUGUGGACUGCCUUCAUCAGCUUGCCUCUACUAUAGAUAUUUUGCGCGGCCAACAAGCUCAAAUGUUUAUGAAGUGUUUACAUGCCCAAGCUGGAGCCCAGAAAUAG